UGUUAUUUAGUAUUGCCAAAAUUCAAGUUCUUUUUCUAAGAUGAAUGCCUCCGUUUGUGUGAUGGUGACGGUGCCCACUGAGCAGGAGGAGAAGUGCCAGUUGCAACUGCAGUCCAAGCAUUUUAUUGACGGCGGCUGGAAUCAGGGGGCAAGGCUGCUGCCACGGAUGAGUAGAGCGCUGCAGCUGCCGGAGUUGCCGGACAAUACACCGCUGGCACAAGUGCUGCGUCGGAUUGUAAUGCAACUGCGGCUGAAGAAUGUGUUCUGGUCGCAUGAUGUCGAUGGCAGACAGCUGCAGGCGCGCAUCGAUUUGCUGCAGGACGAGCGAUACGAGCAGUUCCUGUGCACGCUGCAGGAUUGGGGCAUUGGCGACCGGCCGGGCACCCAUGUGACCGCUGUCAGUUGCCUGGAGACGCGUGUUAAGUUCUGCAACGGAUCGGAAGCUGCACAAGGAGCAACAGCAGCAACAGCAGCAACGGCAGCAACAGCAGCAGCAGGAGCCAAAGGAUCAGCAGCAACCGAAGCCUCACAGCCACCGAGUCAGGGACAACGAGUGGGCUGGCAGACUUUCCUGGACUCGGUGCGCAGCCGUUUGAAUGUAAACCAGGUGGUGCGAGUGGUGCGUCAUGAUGCGACUAUCAAUUUUGACUUUGUGGUGCUGCUGAUGGCCGCGGCGCUGCUGUCAUGUGUUGGCUUGGUGGAGAACAGUUUCCUAUUUCUGUCCAGCAGCAUGCUCAUCUCACCGCUGAUGGGCCCCAUAAUAGCGGCCAUAUUCGGCUCGGUGAUUGGCGAUCGCGGCCUGCGCUGGCUGGGCAUUAAGAACGAGCUGAUUGGCAUUGCCAUCUCGAUGCUGAUGGGUUUCAUAUUUGGCGUGGGCGUCUGUGUGUGCGGCUUGGGGCGUUUCUUUACGCUCGCCAGCGGCUUAAACGAGGAGAUUAUGUCGCGCUGCGACACUCGCUCACUGGCCAUUGGCCUCUGCACGGCGCUCACCUCAGGCGCUGCAGCGGCCAUUGGUGUGUUGGGCGGCAAUAUGGGUUCGCUGGUGGGCGUGGCGAUAUCAGCAUCCCUACUGCCGCCGGCAGUCAAUGCGGGACUUUUGCUAGCGAUCGCACUGUGCACUCAAAUCAUGCAACUCGAUCAGGAGCUGCUGCAGGGCCUGGCCAAGCAUCGCGAGUAUUCGCAGCAGUUGCACAUUGAGCUGUUUGUGUGCGCCACUGUCAGCAUGGCACUGACGCUGCUCAAUGUCAUCUGUGUCUGGCUGAUGGGCGUUGUGGUGCUGCACAUUAAGGAGGUGGCUCCGACGGUGCAGCGGGAUCACCACUUCUGGCGCCACGAUGUUCGCCUGGCUCGCGAGGUGGCGCUGCACGAUCCCCAGCUGCAAAGUGCCAUCGAUCGUUUGGAUUUGGAUGAGCGACGCCAGGUGGACGUUAAUGCGCCACAUUAUCAGCACACAUGGUCGCCGGGUAGCGUGCAUCCUGGUCUGAGCAGGGAGUGCAACGACAAUGGCUGCAACUAUCAUACGGUGCAUGGCCUUAAGGAUUUUUGCAUUACGCUGCACAAGCUCAACUCGCAGCUGCAGCGUACCGCGACGCAGCCCACGCUGCCCAGCUUUGUGGAUGUGUUCAAGCCACUGGAGCAAGUGGCACGCAGUCCAGUUGCAGCUACGAGCCCAACAUCGACUGCACUAUCUCAACUCCCAUCUGGUAGCGGCAUAAGCAAAUAUCGUAGCCUGCCUGAUCUGCGGCAAUCGCAGACUGAGUUCGCCAAGCCGCGCUCCGAACCCGAACCCGAACCCGAGACGAAGGGCAAAUCGAAGACCGAACGUUGCGUCCACUGGAGCCAGGAGCGUGAACAGUUGCUGCACGAGAGUCGUCAACAAUUUGAUCAGGAUCAGUUGCUGUUGCCGGAUCGACGACUGCGGUUGCUGACCAACCGUCGGAGUGCUGACACCAAGGAGAGCGAGCUCGAGCACGAGUUCAAUGUAUAGCUGCUGGCAGCUCAGUCAGCUGCCACCGGUUCUUUCGCAAUUACUUUCAUCGGUCAAUAGACAAACUGCGACAAACAGCCAGACAAUCA